AUGGUAAUUAAUCAGUGGAAUGAGCAAAAUAAUCAUUUGUCAUUUUUCCCAAAUGAAAUUAAUAAUGCAUUGGAAUUAUUAUGGAAUAAUAAUUUUAAAGAAGCAGAAAAAAUAUUUGAAAAACAUUCAAAAACCACACCUAGAUAUUCAUUACAUAAUGCAGAAACAUCAUUUUUAAAAUCAUUUAUAACAGCAAAUGAAAAUGAAACUGAAUUGGCAAUUAAAAAAUUAAAAGAAACUAAAGAAUUAUCAGAAAAGUGUAUAAAACAAUUUGAACAAAACAAAAUUCCACAAAAUUAUAAUUAUCAAUUUAAAAUCGUUAAUCAAAAAAAUGAUUUUAAAAAUCAUAUACUAGAUUGUAAAAUCAUAUUAGGUGAUUCAUUAUACAUGUUAGCAAUUUUACAAAUUUCAAGCGACCAAAAAUUUAAAGGUUGUCUAAAUUUAAGAUCAAGUUGGAAAGUUUUUGAAGAAACUUUAAAACAAAUUAAACAAGAAGAACAAUCAGAAUCAUCAUCAUCACCAUCACCAUCAUCAUUUAAAUAUUCGAAAGAUUUAUUAGAGUGUUUAAGAUUCGGUGUUGGUUUUUUCUAUUAUGCAACAUCUAUUAUACCUUCAAAAUAUUUAAAAUUAAUUGAAUUGGUUGGAUUUAAAUGUGAUAGAGAACAAGGAUUAAUUUAUAUAAGAGAUUGUUUAAAUAGUGGUGGAAUUAGAUCACAAUUUGCAACAAUGUUAAUUUUAUUUAAUAAUUUAAUACUACCAAGAGGUUUAUAUAAUCCAGUACAUCAAUUGAAUGAAGCUCAACAAUUAAUUGAAAAUAAUUUAGAAAAGUAUCCAAACAGUUCACUAUUUCAAGUAUUUGGUUCACAUUGUUAUAGAAAACAAAAUAAAAUUGAUUUAGGUAUACGUUGUUUAGAAUUUGCAAUUUCAUUUUACAAUUAUUCAAAUAAUAAUUAUAAUGAUAAUGAUGAUAAUAAUAAUCAUCAGCAGCAGCAAACUCCACAAGAUAAACAACCAUUGAUUUUUAAAUAUGAAUUAGCAUGUUGCUAUUGUAUUAAAAUGCAAUGGAAUAAAGCUAUUGAUAUAUUUGAAUUGUUAAUUAAGGAUGAGAAUAAAUUUCAAAUUCGUUCAUUAUGUGCUUUACAAUUAGCAAGUUGUUAUAUUAUGAAUGAUCAAUUUGAUAAAGGUAAAUUAAUGUUACAAACUAUAAUUAAACAUUUUUGUAAGAAAUCAAAUUCAAUUGAUUCAGUAAUUCAAAGACAAGCUCAAAGGUACCUUUUAAAUGGUGGUAAUUUCUCAGCAUUUGAAAUACUUUACAUUCGUAGAGACUUGGCUAAAAUGGAAAAGUCUAUAGCUUUAAAAACUAUUGAUCUUUUAAAUUUAUUAGCUAAAAAAUCAAAUGUUUUUCAAUUUAAUUUAAAUAAUAUUAUAAAUAAUAAUGAGCUUAUGAAUAAUAAUAAUAAUAAUAAUAAUAAUAAUAAUAAUAAUAAUAAUAAUAAUAAUAAUAAUAAUAAUAAUAAUAAUAAUAAUAUUAAUAAUAAUAAUAAUUCAACAACAUCAUUUUUUAAAUCUACAAUUUCAAAUUUAAUUAAAAAAAGAGAAAAUAUUAUAAAUCAAGAGAAUUUAAUAAAUGAUAGAGCAUCUUAUUUAAUGUUAAAAGGUGCAAUAUUUAAAAGUAUUGAUUUAAUUGAUCAAUCGAUGGAAUGUUUUGAAGAGGUUUUAGAAAUGCAACAAUAUAUCACUGAAAAGUUUUAUAUACCAUAUUCAUUAUAUGAAAUGAGUGAAAUUUAUUAUCAAAAGAGGGACAAAGAGAAAUCAAUAGAAUUCAUAUUAAAAUGUAAUAAAAUUUCAAAUUAUGAUUGGUCUGAUCCUUUAAAAAUUAGAUUAAGAGUAACUUUAGAUCAAUUAAAAAGAGAAGCUUAUGGUAAUGCUGAUGCUACAUAUGUUAGUGAUUGUGGUGCAAGUUGUGAAAAUGAUGGUGCUGGAAGAAAUCUAUCAGAUGAUGAUUUAUUUGUUGGUGAUUUUAAUGAUAGUGAUGAUGAUCAUAAUGAUAAUUAUGAUGAUGAUGAUGUUGAUGUUGAUCGUUAUGAAAAUUCUGAAAUCGAUAACACUAGUGUUGAUCAAGAAAAACAAUUAAAAAAUCAAGAAGAAGUAUUUCCAUUAAAUAAUAAUAGUAAUAGUAAUAAUAAUAAUAAUAAUUAUGAUAAUGAUAGUAGUCAAAAAAAACAACAACUUUUCCCUUCAAAUAAUUUUAAUUAUAAUGUUAAUAAUUAUUUAUCACCACAAUUUAAUUCAAAUAUUUCAUUGCCAUCACCAUCAAUUAUACAAGAAAUUAAUAGAGAAGAAUUUAUGGAAAAUAAAAAAUUAAUUGAAAGGGUAACAAUUAUUUAA